AUGGAGAAUCCACAACAGCUCAUUGAUGAGAACAAUCCGCUAAUGCUUGACGCUGAGCAUUAUGAUGAUUGGAAAGCACAAAUCAGACAGAUAAUUCAGAUUUGUGAUAUGGAAGCUUGGUUCGGUGUUGAAGAUGGAUGGUCACAUCCAACACUUAUGAACAUGAGAGGAGAAACUGUAAUAAAGCCUUGUAAGUUGUGGAUGGCUGAGGAGAAGUUAAAGGGAAAACAGAACACUGAAGCGCUAUCUACUAUUUUUAGCUGCUUGCCGAUGGAUCUAAUCGCGAUGGUGCAAGAGUGUAUGUCGGCGAAAGAAGCUUGGGAUCGUUUGGAAGCCUUCUUUGAGGAAACCAGAAGGAUGAGAAAGAACGAUCAGAAGGCUGAGGAAUCAGUCACUCUGAAGACUGUAGAAACUCAGACGACUGUUCAAGGAUGUUCUACACUUAAAAGAAGAAGCGUCUUGAAGUGUUACAACCGUCAAGGCUGUGGUCAUACAAAAUCUUGUCUGACAUGGAGUGAUAUUGAUUUUCCCAAAGAAGAUGAUAAGAAUCAGAAGUCUGUUUUGAAGUCUAAUGAUGAAGUGGCUUGCUUAUCUGUUGAGAAACAAGUCAUCCCUCUGUCUAAGGAUCUGAUUCUGCAGAAGAAGGAGAAUUAUGAUCUGAUGUCUGAGAAGGAAGAGCUGCUUUGUAGAGUCUUCGCGCUUGAGAAAUUGUUGUCUGAGGAGAACGUCAUUUCAUCUCUGUUGAGACAACGUCUUGAGGAUCAGCUAAAGAAUAACAAGAGGCUGAGUAAAGGAAGAAAGGAUCUGGACAAGCGGAUGAUCACUCACAAAGGUACUAUGAUUUCAAACGGUGAUAUGAGCAACCAUGGAGGAAACUCAAGUGGUGACAUGAGUGUAGUGAACAGAUUUAAGAAUCGCGUAAGUCAACUCAUACGCCAGAAGAAAUUCCACAAGGUUGGAAGAAGAGGCAAUCAAGUCUUCUUUAAGAAGAAUGAUAUGUUAAUUGUGUUAGAAGUUGGGGCAAGACUGUGGAGUGUCGAAGAUCUGAACAAAAGAACAUGUUGCUGUUACUAUGCAAGUCAGAGCCUCCACAAUGUUGUAUGUUUCAAGUGUCUAGAUUGUACUAUACCACUCACGCAUCUGAAGGAGUGUCACAAAGAUGUUCGAAGAUACAAGCGAGUAAACAUCAAGAAGCGUGACAUGAACUGUUGUGUUGCGCACACUGUUGAUGAUGAACAGACUAUUGUGUUGAAGCACUGGUUCUUUGAUAGUGGUUGUUUAAGGCACAUUACUGGGAAUCAAGGAAGGCUACACACCUUUGAAAAAGGCUCAGCUGACAAAGUUACUUUUGGGGAUGAAGCUGAAGGUAAAAUCAGAGGGAAAGGUGCAUCUCGUGUUGUGUGA